AUGGCGUCGACGGCCUUCCCCUCGCUCUCCUCCACUGUAGCCCCUCCGCCUUCCGCCCUUUGGUCCGCCAACCUCUCCGUGAGUCCCCCCAGCCUUCCCCGUCAGCGCGCUUGCGCCGAUUCCCCCAUUUUCGCGCGCUCAUACGCGGAGGCCACAGCACCUUUUGCCGCUCCAUACCCGACAAACGAGCCGUGGCAAAACUUCGUGCUAGGCCAGGGCGGCAGCCCGGAGCUCGUGAACCCGUACGUGGUUCAGAGCGGCGACGGGCGCGUCGCGUGGGGGAUACCGGCGCGCAACGCGCAGCCGGCAUACAUCAUCCAGGCGUUCAUCACCAACCUCAUGCUCUCCACGCUGCAAGGCCUUCCGCCGCACCAGGUCUCCGCCUACGACGAUCUCUCCGUUACCCUCUCCUUCCGCCCGCCCUCCGCCGCGCCUUCCGCGCCCCCCGCGCUCGUGGUUCCGCUGGUGCGCGGCUCCCCGUAUUUGACUUUCAUAUUCCCCCAGGGCGGGCCCCCCGCGACGCCCGUGCUGAAGACGAUCCACGCGAUUCUGAGCGUAGAGGCGCGCGGCGACAGCAAGUACCGCGUCGCGCUCAACAACGGCCAGACAUGGCUGGUGUACCUAUCGUCGCCGCUGGCGCUGCGGCAGGAUGGAUCGUCGAUCGUGGCGGGCGCGCCGUUCACGGGGACCAUGCGCAUCGCGCUGCUGCCCGGCAACUCCCCGCAGCGCGAGGAGGCGCUGCUGGACGCGCACGUGGCGACGGUGCCGGUGGGCGGGCGCGCGCGGGUGGGCGCGUUCCGCAUCAAGCUAAGCUGGCGCACGCAGCAGUGGCGCAAGCUGGCUCCCGGCGGCACCAAAACGCCGCUGCUCAUGCUGUCUCUGCCAGUGCACCGGCGCCUGCGAGUGUUCGCGCACAACCCAACCCCGGCCACCUCCCUCCGCCGCCACCGCAGCGUCUCCCCUUCCAACGACGGCACGGCCGCCAUCCGCGUCUCCCCUGACCCCGCGCCUGCCGGCCUAUCCUCUACCCGCGCCGACGGUGGGUGGGGCGAGUCAGGGUGGGACUCAAGCAGUAGCAGCAGCGGCAGCAGCGACGGUGAGACGGGGAGCCUCCCAACCGCACAGGGCAAUGCAGCAUCAACAGCAACAGGCGACCCCGCAGCGUCAAACCAGGCAGCCAUGGCCUGGACAUCAGCGUCAUCAUCGUCCGCAGCGCGAGCGGCGCAGGAGACGGUACUCUCAUACCCCACCAUAGACGGGCGAGCAAUAGGCGUGAAAGGCGCGGUUUGGGAACUCAAAGUGCCGAAGACGCCCACCACGUGGCACUCUCCGCGCCUCUCGUCCGACUCACAGUUGAUGGACGAUCUACGGGCGAGUCUGAAGCAGGACGUCGCGGCGCUCCCGCCGCUCACCACGGCCUCAACGUACUUCUUCGGCAAGGCCGCGGCGCGUGCGGCGCGCCUCGCGCUGAUCGCGGAGCAGGUGCACGACGACGGCAGCCUCGCCGCGGUCCUGCCGCCGCUGCGCGCCGCGCUGACCGCCUGGCUGGACGGAACCUUCCCCGGAAACCGCCUUCUGUACGACCCCACGUGGGGCGGUGUGGUGAGCGAAGCCGGGUCGCGCGACAAGGGCGCGGAUUUCGGCCUGGGGAUGUACAACGACCAUCAUUUCCAUUAUGGUUACUUCGUCUACGCAGCCGCGACCGUCGCGAAAUUCGACCCGAUGUGGGGUAACCGUUACCGCGCGCAGCUCGCGGCGCUCGUCGCGGACUACAUGUCGGUGAACCGAACCGCGUUGUUCCCAAGGCUGAGGCAUUUCGACGCGUACGCGCUGCACUCGUGGGCGAGCGGGCUGUUCGACUUCGCGGACGGGCGCAACCAGGAGAGCUUCAGCGAAGCCGCGAACGCGUACUAUGCCGCGUCGCUCCUCGCGUUCACCUUCGGCGACCUCCCAUUGGCCACCCUCGGCGCCACGCUGGCGGCCGUCGAGUCCGUCGCGGCGCAGGUGCUGAUGCAGGUGCCGGUAGCGGGAAGUUCCUCUUCCCCCACGCCAUCGCUGUCGCCCGCGUACGAGCCGGUAUUCGCGGACGCGAAUCGCAUGCUCGGCAUGGUGUGGUCGACGAAGCGCGAUGCGGGGCUGUGGUUCGCGGCGCCUGCGGAGCUGGACAAGCGCGUGGGAAUCCAGGUGCUGCCCGUGACGCCCUUCCUUGCGCACCUCUUCCCGGACCGCGCGUACGCGCGCCAGCUGGUGGAAUGGGCGCAGCCCGUGCUGAGCGGGAGCGGCGUGACUGACGAGUGGCGGGGCUUCGCGUGGGCGCUGCAGGCUCUGUAUGAUCCCGCGGGGGCGAGGGGUAGAAUCUCCGCGCUGGGCGCUUUCGAUGAUGGGAAUUCCAAGACGAACAUGCUCUGUUGGCUCGCUUCCCACUCGCCGUAG